AUGACAACAAUGAGAGCUCUUAUAGCAACAACAGUAAAGAAGCAAUGGCAGACUUUUCAGUUGGAUGUAAACAAUGCAUUUCUGCAUGGGGACAUCCAUGAGGAGGUGUAUAUGCAUGUGCCACUAAGGCUAGAGAAUGAUAAUCCAUGCCUAGUCUGCAAGUUGAACAAAUCACUGUAUGGCCUUGUUAAUCUACUUCGACCAGUUCACAUGAGAUGUAUAUCCUGUGGGCCAGAAUCUUUAUCUGGUUCUUCACGACAAACAGAACACUCCACAAUACACAUAACUGUCUAUGUAGAUGAUGUUAUUAUCACUGGGACAGAUGAUGUUAUUAUCACCGGGACAGAUCUUUCAGAGAUUGCUCAGCUUAAGCACUUCUUGCAUGAUCAGUUUAAGACCAAGGAUCUGGGAAGACCACAUUACUUUCUUGGCCUGAAGGUUCUGUAUAUAGCUGACUGUGUGAUCAUUUCACAAAGAAAAUUUGCCCUGGACAUACUUAAGGAGUAUGACUGCCUCCCUUAUAGUAGUCUUUCUACUUCUCUUGAUCCCAAUGAGAAAUUGAGGGCCAAUGAGGGAGCACCACUGUCAAAUCCUACAUAUUACAGAAGACUAGUAGGAAAAUUAAAUUUCCUUACAAAUACCAGAUUGGACAUAGCCUUCAGUGUGCAAUAUCUCAGCCAGAUCAUGCAGGAUCCCAGAGAAUCACAUUUGAAAGCAGCUUUUCACCUGCUUAGGUAUUUGAAGAAUGACCCAACUCUAUGGAUUUUUUUAUCCAACGAGUCUGCCUGCAGUCUGAAGGGUUACUGUGACUCAGAUUGGGCAGCUUGCCCAGACUCUAGGAGAUCAGUUACUGGAUACAUAGUCCUACUAGGGAACAGUCCAAUUUGUUGGAAAUCCAAGAAACAAGAAACAGUUUCCUUGUCAUCAGCAAAAGCAAAAUACAUGUCCUUGAGGAAACAAGUUUCAGUAUUUUGUGAUAGUCAAUCUGCUUUGCACAUAGCCAGAAAUCCUGUUUUCCAUGAAAGAACUAUAGAUAUCGAGGCCGAUUGCCAUUUUGUGAGAGACAAGCUUCAUGAGGGCCUCAUUUCUCUACAUCACAUUGCUACUGGUGCUCAAUUAGCAUAUGUCCUUACCAAAGCCCUCACUGGUGUUAAACAUUAUGCUCUUUUAAGCAAGUUGGCUGUGAAACCUUCACCUCAAACUUGA